UCAUACUGCGUUUUAUGUUGGCAAUUCUGGUUGUUUAGGCCAAACACCCAAACAGGUGUGGCUGCAAUAGUAGUAAGACAGCUAAGGAGUCCCCGGAAAUGGCAGCUAUAUGAAUGUUCACACCAUAAACCAAAGAUGACACCCAUAUUCCCCUUGGCAGCUGCAGUUGUGUUGUCAUGUUGGUGCUUCACAAUUUCAGCUGUAGACAUACUCGAAGUGGGAUGUUUCACAAAAGAAAAUGAGAAUGCAGAAUUUGUUUAUCGCUCGAACAAUACUGCCAGUGCGGGCAGUGUGGAUUUAUGCGUUGAAGAAUGCAAAACUAAGUUGAUGAACUAUGCAGCUUUGUCAGGUGGUGAGGAUUGUCUGUGUACCAAUUCAAUCACUGGUAACCCAUCUAAUUUUUGUAGAACACCUUGCAAAGGCAAUGCCUCCCAGGUUUGUGGGGGUACUGAUGUCAUGAGCAUAUAUGAAACAGGUCAUGGGAUAUUUGGACCCCCAGUAUCUCUGACACAGGUGGCUAGUAAGCCCUCCAGCUUGCAUAUUAAUUGGGAGCCACCUGCUUUAGGGUUAUCAGAAAUCCAAGAAUACCUUGUGACAGCCACACCACUGUUUACUUACAGUGAAAGUGAUCCAGCAGUAACCAUGAAAUGGGUAUUUUCUGCCCAAACGAGAACUGCUUGGUUAUAUGGUGUUAUGCCUGGGACAAAAUAUGAGAUUUCUGUCAGAGCAACUGCUGAUAAUGGAAAAGUUUUGGGGCAUCCUAUCAAGAGAGAGAUGUGGACAAAAGUAGGGAAGCCUGAAACUCCUGCUAUACCACAAAUCUUAAGUCGGACACCUACCACCAUAACAGUGCAACUUGAAUCGGUUUCCCCAACUGCUGGGCCCAUCACAACCUACCAAGUGGUUGUCGUAGAUGAGACUGUCCACGUUGAAUUGCAGCCACUCUCUCUAGGGGAUUAUUAUUCUGCGAACAGAGAGAGAAUUCCAUUCUAUAUUGCAGCUGAAUUUACUCCUGAUAAUUUUAUGAGUACAUUUAUUGUUGGUGAUGGCAAGAUGUAUGGGAAAUAUUAUAAUGCUCCUUUGCAGGACGGUGUUGAUUAUCACAUUUUACUUGGAGUUACAAGUACGAUAAAUGAUACUCAGUCGGCAUAUUCCACCUCCAACCAUGAACAGCAUGAAAGCACUUUGGAUGAUGAUGAAGUGCAGAAGCUGAAGGAAAACCCGCAAGUGAGGCAGCAGCUAGAGAAUCAUAGGAAAAUGAUUCUUGGCCUAUCUAUCGCUAUUGGGCUCUUUGGGUUCCUGCUAGUGGUGUCAAUUGUAGUUUAUGUCAUGCUGAGGGUCAUGGUUAAGAAGAAUCGCCGCAGAUCGUCUGAAAACCAAGAGUUGGCUAUUAAUGCUCAGCAGCCAAACCAAGAUUCUGAAAAUGGUUAUGCUGUGGCUGCACAUUAUGUUGAUGAGGAAACACCACCCCUGGAUCAUUAUAGGCAGCUGAAAGAGAGAGUGUUGAUCAUACCUCAUCAAGGUCUGACCAUAGUUGGUGAUAUUGGCAUUGGGAAAUUUGGUGAUGUUAAAAAGGGUGUAGUAUCAAAUAAAGGACAACAAACAGAUGUCCUAAUUCACCGCAUUCCAGAUGAUACACUCGAUGGGACCAGAAAGACAAAAAUGCUCCGUGAAUUUGAUGCACACGUUCGAAUUGCCUCGCAUCCACACGUCAUUUCGUUGAUUGGUCUAAUGGAGGAGCUUAAUGUUAUAUCAGUGGCCUUUGAAUAUGAAAAGUCCAUGCUUAAGACCCUUCUAGUUGAGAGUAGGGCAGUUCAACAUUACCCUGUUUAUGCUGAGAAGAACCGAAGAUUCUCAACUCUACCUGAAAAUCAGGCCCUUGAUAUGUUAGUUGGGAUUGCCCGAGGUAUGAGUCACCUGUCCUCUCUAGGUGUCGUUCAUGGUCAGUUGUGUGCCAGAAACAUUGUGCUUGUUGAUGGUGCCCGGCCAAAACUGACAGGCUUUGGUCUCCUUCAUUACCACAACGAUCUCUAUGUACCUGAUUACAGAAGAUGGCAUUCGGUUGAAACUCUUCGAACUAAGGUCUCGGCACCAAAGAGUGACGUCUGGUCAUUUGGAUGUUUGAUGUGGGAAGUUGUCACUCUUGGAGGAACCCCGUAUGCGGACGUACGGACAGACGAGGUGCCUGGAAGAGUCUUACGGGGGCUAAGACUGCCCCAACCUCAGUAUGUUGCAGAUGAGCUUUAUCAGGUAAUGUUAGACUGCUGGCAAAUGGACCUUGAUGAACGUCCUUCAUUCCCCGAGUUGGAGAACACCUUAAGUAACCUAGCCAGUGAUGAUGUUACUCCUCACCUUCUUUUCUCACUCUACCAGUCAUUCCAGUAUGAGCAGUAUGCUCCCCAUUAUGAAUUUGUAGAUUGAUAAUGUAGGGUCUUCAGUUUUGUGAUCAUACCAAGUUGUGAUCUUGUGCUCAAUUGAGAGCUAUGUUAUUUCUUGAAUUGGUGGAUGUACAAAUAUAUUUCCAAUUAAUAGAGCUCAAAUUAGUAGGUAGAGAAAGUGAGAGAUUUCUUUGGUAUAUUAUGAAGGUCCAGUGGCUGAAAAAGAUUUUUCUGUAUGAAUCCCAUGAUUCAUGAUUAGUACUUAGUAGCUCUAAGGAUUAUUUUGGGAUAUCUUGCAAGUGCAGCAUGUCUGAUGUUUAGCCUACAUUAAUGCAGACCUUUUGUCCUCUCAUACUCCUGUAUCAUAUCUUUUUUUAUUUUUAGAAAUGUUGAGAGAUUUUUAUUCCACAUUAUGGGAAAAUGUGCACCUAGUUAUCCGCAAAAUUUCGGCGAAUCAGAGUUAGGUACUCUAGUUUACAGUAUGUAAGUAUUCAUAGGCGAGUCAGAAUAACUCGUGCAAUUUUAACAUGCCAAUUCAUGUUUACAUUGUGCCAAUAAACAAGUAUUAAGGAGCACAAGUUUUACCUUGCACAAUUAUAUUUUGAGCUUAUCAGUUAUCACUGAUAGAAAUUGAGUUUUAUAUAAUGACAAAAUUGCUUCAGAAUGAUAAAUUUUAUUGUGAUAAUAAUGCUUCCAGGUUGUGAAAACUUAUCUUUUUACCAAUCUUGUCUAUGAUUUUAUAUUUAUGAGACUUAAGGUCAUAGGUGCAUUUUAUUGAUUAAUAACAGGUGGCUUUUAUUAUGUUGUGUAGUCUUUCUUACCUGCAAGAAUUGUAGUUUCUUAGCUUAUGAAAAGUUACUGAAAUAACUGCACUGUGCAAUAUUUGUUCUGCAAGUUUGGAGCUUAGUAGAAAAGUGGGUAAUGAAUCUGUAAUCUUUCUGAGCUUGGAAUGCUGCCUCUCAUAAUAUUAUGAGAUCAAUAUCAGUGUUAGCAAUGUUACUUUUCUGUGAAUAAUUGUGUAAAUUGUGCAUCUGUGUAAGGAAGUAAUCUCAAGCAGUCAUUAAAAGUAAUUUCAUUGUCGAGUUGAAUUUAAACAUGUUAAAUACUGAAGUUUGCUGUGUUGUUCCUAAGCAAAUGUGAAUCUUCAUAUUUUUUACAUUUACAUUAGACUGCUGAUUUACUGGCGAGUUGACAAUUCAUUAUUUAGCUGCAGAGUAAGUCAAAGUAUGAUAGUUCAAGCUGAAACCAGACGUGGAUGAGACCUAUUUACUCAUUGGUAACGAGCCAUGAUUUUGUUGAUUUUUUUUUUUUAUCCAAUGGUAGAUUGUUUUUCAUAUUUGUGGUUUGAAAGUAUCAUUGAGUGCCUUUUGGUAUAAUUUUGUUUAUAGUUAUGUCCAUAUGUGAUAACUGCCCUCUUUAGGAACAUUGCUGAUUGACAUUGUCUUUGAAUGCAUGUUGAGCAAAAGAUAGAGGUAGUGAGUGCAUGCUUUCGAUAGAGGAACUGUUAUAUACAUUCAUUAUUAAGUCCCCUUUUAGCUCUCCUGUUAAACCCAGUUGCCUGUGUUGUAUUCAAGUCAUGCUUGACUCCAGUGCCACAGAUUUUCACUUGGUGGUUGUGUGAUAUUACCAAUAAAAUCAUUAAACUUCCUACAACUUGAAAAUUUUAUGCCAUUUUCUCAAUGGUAACAAUCUUCAUGCUCUAGUAUCAAGAAUGAACAGGACUACAUCUAUUCCUUCCCUAAUGUGCCAUUCAGUUACCUGUGGAGUAAGUGUUUUUAUAUGGACAUGAAAAAAAUUUUCAUAUACAGUGCUGUCUUUCAAGAAUUGUUACCAUAUAAAGCUUACAUGAAGUUCCACCUGUUCCCUGCAGAUUGGUAGUCAUCUAAGAAAAUGACUUUUUGAGGAAGUCUGUGCAUUGAUACUACCUGUGACACACUCUUGUUACCCAUUUACCAUAUAUGAGAACUAUGGACAGUGUUUACUAACACCACAGCAGUUUAAGUUACUGCCUAUGUGAAGUAGGCAUUUUUUUUAGAAACGUCAUAAUUAUUUUAAAUUUUGUACAUCAGUAUGUAUUAUUUAAAAGUGUAUGAUCUUUUCAAACAACAGUUAUGUAUAGAUUUUAAAACUUUACUAUUGAUCAUAUUUUUAAGACUUUUUAGUGUAGACUUUACAUUUUAUUACUAUUCAUUCCAUAAUCAUUCUUGUGGUUUCCAGAUGUCUAGAAAUAAUUUUUGGGGUGGUUUGGUUUAAGAUUCUGUUUGGCAAGUUGUGUAGUUGCCAGUGAAUUCUGGUUUGUUUGAAGAUUUGCGUAUUAGAUAGUGUAGGGAAGUGGUUGAAAAUAACUUGCAGUUUAUUAAGUAAGGUUGAAUUUACCUGUAUUUGUUAAACUAUACAGUCAUCCAGUGUUUACUUAGAAUACUGUAUAAGUAGUUCUGAUGUUAUAAACUGUUUAUCAUUCCUGAUUUUCUUGAUCAUAACCACUUAUAAGGUCUUAGCACAGAAAAUUCCCAAAGGGCACUUCUCCGAUGGUAGUGAAAAAAAUUUUUUUUAACUUGUGCAUGGCUUAAACAUUGUACCUGAUGCUGGACACAUCUAUCAGGUGUAGCAACAAAGGGAGUAGCAUAAGCUUUGGUGAUGUUUAUGAAUCUCGAACUCAGUAGUUCACUUUCUGCUUCAGAUAUAAGAGAAUACCAAAGAAAUACAAGUUUGAUUGACACAGCAUAUAAAAGUGCUGCUCGCCUGCAGUCACACUUCUCAUUAGGCAAAGCUCUUGAUUAGUGAAAUACUGUAUUUAAUUUCUAUUAAGCUUUCCGCUGUAGUGGCAAGAUUCAGUGAUAUAAAUCCUGAUGUUUACCCAUUGGUGGGAAAAGUAUUUUGUCAGAUUGUGUUUAGUAAAGUAGUGUACGUAGUUUGCAUUCAAUCAAAGAUGAUGAUGGAAGCAGAAGUGUAUUUCUUCAUGCUUUCAUAGUGCCUGGCGCUGAUAGUAAUGCAGUAUUACAGUAGUACAUAUAUUAUACUGUAGUUAAAUUAUUUGGAAUUUCCAUACUUUAUUGGUUUUUUAAGUUUCAUGGGUUUUGGUGUGGCCAUGAAGAAAUGGGUGGGAAUUGCUUUAUAAGAGAAUUUGUGAUUUUUUUUAGGUACCUAAUUUGUGUUGGAAAUAAAUGUACCGGUACAUUGUCUAGUGUUUUGCAUGAUCUCUGAAACAGUAUAGUGCCUGUUCAGUAUUUAGUGUAUAUGUUAUGAAAAUAUAUAGGAAAUUGAAAGCAGUAAAUUGUUUUGUGCAUAAUGUGUACCCCACUUAGAAAUAAUUUAGGAUAAAUACUGUGUUUGUAUACUAAUUGUUUUUUGGUACAUGUUAAUUAAACAGCCAUCUGGAAAAGCACUCUGAUGUAAGUUAAGCUGGCCUGAAGAGUUUGCUCUUAAUUUGAAGAAUCUGACAUAAAUUAUUUCAGAUUUGAUUCAAGAUUUAAUGUAAUUAGUUGAAUGCCGGACAGUCAAAUAAGAUAUUUUAAUUUGCUAGUACAUUCUACAAUCUGCUAAUGGGGCCAUGUAGUUUAUUCCUGAAAUACCUUUGGGUCACUGAGUGUGAUGAAUUCUAAGACAGGAUAAUUGACUUAAAUAAGAUUUUCCUUUUGAAAUUAACACCAUGCUGAGUUGAAUAUGAUUCUCAUUUUAUAUCUUAGUUGAUAAUAAUGAUCGAUAUGGUUGAUUAUUAAUUACACUUGUGUAAUCAGAUUCAGUCGUUUUCAGACAUAAGACUAGUGUGUAGGAUUUUUAGUAAACGAGGUGUAAAGUUACAGGAACUACAGCAAGAAAAAGAUUACAGAGUUGAAAUUGGACAAUUUGGUGGGCAGAAACCAAAGGGACUGGAGUGAAAGUAGAAGACAGAUAAAAGUGUCAUUGUAGCCAAAGUAGUAUAUGGAUUCUAUUGGGUUUUCUAUGAUAUGCCUGUCUUAUGUCACAUGUCAUUGUCUCAAGUUAAUCACGUAUGUCUGCAGUUCUGAGAAGUAUGUAUGUUGAUACAGUUAACUACUGUUGUCAUCUUUCAUAUUUGAUGCAAGUUGUAAGCUGUUGAUUACUGACAGUAACAUUCAGCUAGAUGGUGUUAAAAUUUUUUCUUGAGCAGUAGUACUGUACCAGUGUCCAUGUUGCUAUAUUAUACUAUAUGGAAAUUGAAUGGAACUAGUCAUAUGCUGUAACUUUUUUGAGUGACUAUCAUUGGCACAACAUUGUUUUAAGUUUUUCUGUGAGUGUUUUUAAGAUGAGAGUUUUGCAAAGAGUUUCUGUUGUGGGUUUUGUAUAAUCAUGUUCAACUUCAGGUCACAAAGUGAGAGUAGAAAGAAUUUUUUGUGUUCAGAGAUUUUAUUUAAUGUUUUUCAAAUAGAAUGCAUUUGUCUUCUACAGUAAAUGUUAGUAAACUAUUGACUCCACAUUACGUAAUGGAAGAUUUCAUGUGUGAGGCCAUGAAUAUAGUCUGAAUUUGUCAGCUACACAUUAGUAUUUGUAAUGGAUUUUGUAUUAAUAUAAAAAAAUUGUGAUGUACUGUACUUAACCAGGUCAAAACCUAUUGUCCAGUAGCAUAAAUAGGGUACUUAAUGUCCUAAAGCCCAGAGGAUAGAAAAUAGUCAUAAUGAGUUAUUUUUAAGCCUGUAUAGAAUUGUAGAUAAUUUUUAUAACAGUAUAUAUAUCAUAAAUCAUUGUACUUCAGUAAACUGUAAUGACAUUCCAUGAUAUAGUUGUAAUGUUAUUAAAACGUACCUUGAAAUAAUGCUGUCAAGACAUUUCAUGAUAUACCGGUAGUUGUAUUGUUGUCAAACAUUCCAAGGUAUAGGUCAUUCUAAGAGAAUGGUUUUGUCAAGGGAAUACUAAUUUUUAUGCAUGACACUUACCUGGCAGGUAUAUAUAUAGCUGUAUUUCUGAAGUCCG